AUGGGCAAGAAAAAAUCAGAAGUUUACUCUAUUGAGGUCAAUGGUAUAAAAGACAUCGAAACAAUAGAUGAAGAAGAUGGCAAAGAAAAGUAUGGGGGCUUGAAGAACCACUUGGGAUAUAAGAAGGACCACCAGAAAGAAGAACUAAAGAAAGAACUUGAUCUGGAUGACCACAAACUCAACACUAAGGAAUUAGAAGACAAGUAUGGAACAAACAUCAUACGAGGUCUCACUAGCACAAAAGCAGCAGAGAUCUUGGCUCAAGAUGGCCCCAAUGCUCUUUCUCCACCCAAAGAAACUUCUGAAAUAAUAAAAUUCCUCAAACAAAUGGUGGGUGGAUUCUCCAUCCUCCUGUGGGCCGGAGCUGUCCUCUGUUGGAUUGCUUAUGGGAUCCAGUUUUCAAAGGACAAGUCUGCUUCCAUGGACAAUGUAUUUUUAGGUGUUGUGCUUGCCUUGGUGGUCAUCUUCACUGGGAUUUUUGCUUAUUACCAAGAGGCAAAAAGCACCAACAUCAUUGCCAGCUUCAGUAAAAUGAUUCCUCGGCAAGCCCUUGUCAUCAGAGAUGGAGAAAAGAGAGAGAUCCCUGCAGAGCAGCUGGUUGUAGGAGAUAUAGUAGAGAUUAAAGGUGGAGACCAGAUUCCUGCUGAUAUCAGGAUCCUGGCCUCACAUGGAUGUAAGGUAGAUAACUCAUCUCUUACUGGGGAAUCAGAGCCUCAAUCUCGAUCUUGUGAUUUUACCCAUGAGAAUCCCUUGGAGACAAAGAACAUUGGCUUUUACUCUACAACCUGCCUGGAAGGAACAGCAACUGGCAUGGUCAUCAACACAGGUGACCGUACCAUCAUUGGAAGAAUUGCCUCACUGGCUUCCGGUGUUGGGAAUGAGAAGACACCAAUUGCCAUUGAAAUUGAGCACUUUGUCCAUAUUGUGGCAGGGGUGGCUGUUUCUAUUGGUGUCUUCUUCUUCAUCAUUGCAGUAUCCAUGAAAUACCCAGUCCUAGAAUCCGUCAUCUUCCUCAUUGGCAUCAUUGUGGCCAAUGUGCCAGAAGGUCUUCUGGCUGCUGUCACUGUUAGUCUGUCCCUGACAGCAAAACGGAUGGCCAAGAAGAACUGUCUGGUGAAGAACCUGGAAGCAGUGGAAACUCUGGGCUCCACCUCCAUCAUCUGUUCUGACAAGACUGGGACCUUAACACAAAACAGAAUGACCGUGGCCCAUCUGUGGUUUGACAACCAAGUCUAUCAGGCUGAUACAAGUGAAGAUCAGAAAGGCCAGGUCUUUGACCAAAGUUCUGCAACCUGGGCCUCCUUAUCCAAGAUUAUAACACUGUGCAACCGAGCUGAAUUCAGACCAGGACAGGAAAGUGUCCCCAUCAUGAAGAAAAUUGUGGUGGGAGAUGCUUCAGAAACUGCCCUCCUGAAGUUCUCAGAAGUCACCAUGGGUGAUGUGAUGGAAAGAAGAAAAAGAAACAGAAAAUUGGCUGAAAUCCCUUUUAAUUCCACCAACAAAUUCCAGCUCUCCAUCCAUGAGACAGAUGACCCCAAUGACAAGCGCUUCCUCUUGGUGAUGAAGGGAGCCCCUGAGAGGAUCCUGGAGAAAUGCAGCACCAUCAUGAUCAAUGGCCAGGAGCAACCUCUGGAUGAGAGCACUGCAGAGGCCUUCCAAACUGCUUACAUGGAGCUGGGAGGCUUAGGAGAGAGAGUGCUGGGUUUCUGUCAUCUCUACCUGCCAGAAGAUGAGUUUCCAGAUACCUAUCCCUUUGAUAUAGAGACCAUGAACUUUCCCACCUCUGACCUCUGCUUUGUGGGGCUGCUGUCGUUGAUUGAUCCCCCUCGAUCCACUGUCCCUGACGCAGUGACCAAGUGCCGCAGUGCUGGCAUCAAGGUUAUUAUGGUGACAGGUGAUCAUCCCAUCACAGCCAAAGCCAUUGCCAGAAGUGUGGGCAUCAUUUCAGCCAAUAGUGAGACUAUAGAAGACAUUGCAAAACGUCUUAAUGUUCCCGUUGAGCAGGUUAACAAAAGGGAAGCAAAGGCAGCUGUGGUCAAUGGAAUGGAGCUGAAGGAAAUGAGCCCAGAGCAGCUGGAUGAGGUCUUGAUCAACCACACCGAAAUCGUCUUUGCAAGGACAUCUCCCCAACAGAAGUUGAUCAUUGUGGAGGGCUGUCAGAGACAGGGUGCUGUUGUUGCAGUGACAGGGGAUGGUGUUAAUGAUUCCCCAGCCCUAAAGAAGGCUGAUAUUGGGAUUGCCAUGGGAAUUGCAGGUUCUGAUGCAGCAAAAAAUGCAGCAGACAUGGUUUUACUAGAUGACAACUUUGCCUCUAUAGUGACAGGUGUAGAGGAAGGUCGCCUAAUCUUUGAUAAUUUGAAGAAAACCAUUGCUUUCACCCUGACCAAAAACAUUGCUGAACUUUGUCCUUUCCUGAUCUUCAUUAUUGCUGGGGUCCCCCUACCCAUCGGUACUAUCACCAUCUUGUUCAUUGACUUGGGCACUGAUAUUAUUCCUUCCAUUGCCUUAGCCUAUGAGAAAGCUGAGAGUGAUAUCAUGAACCGGAAGCCACGCCACAAGAAGAAGGACAGAUUGGUGAAUCAACAACUGGCUUUGUAUUCUUAUCUACAUAUAGGAAUCCUGCAGUCUUUGGGAGCCUUCCUUGCCUAUUUCAUUGUCUAUGCAGAGCAAGGAUUCAAACCUAUCCAGCUCAUUUUCUUACGGUCAGAAUGGGAAAAUGAUAAUAUAAAUGACCUUGAAGACAGCUAUGGACAAGAAUGGACAAGAUAUCAGCGGAAGUAUUUGGAAUGGACUGGAUAUACUGCUUUCUUUGUUGCAAUCAUGGUCCAGCAAAUAGCAGAUUUAAUCAUCAGAAAGACUCGGAGAAAUUCUAUUUUCCAGCAAGGUCUCUUCAGAAAUAAAGUCAUCUGGGUAGGGAUUAUAUCUCAAAUUAUCAUAGCAUUAAUCCUCUCCUGUGGCCUUGGAAGUGUUCCAGUCCUGAAUUUCACCACACUUCGGGUUCAGUAUUGGUUUGUGGCAGUACCGUAUGCCAUUGUCAUCUGGCUAUAUGACGAGUUAAGGAAACUCCUAAUUAGGCGCUAUCCAGGAAGCUGGUGGGAUAAGAACAUGUAUUACUGA